GCAUGUAGAUUUCAUUAUCGUUCUAGAGGCUAUUCGCAUAUAUAGGUAACUUAAAUCCAACAAAGGCAAUCACCAACCACUAUUUCCCUAAUCAAUACGCUGACGUUGACACAAUAAAUUUGCGCAGCAGCUUUCAAGACCCUUCCACCAUGAUAUAUAUCAAAUGUUUGCUUUGAAUUUCACUACCAUCCAUAGAUCACUAGACAUUGUAUAUGACCCAACGUCUAGUACAAUCAACCAACCCCCGAAAAUAACAGUUCAAACCUAAUGCUAAUUAUGUAGCACGAAGGCUGCGACAUGCAAAAAAGAAUAGCAAAACAAAAAGAGAGUAUGCAAACAUACAACAGCGGGGAUUCGCCAGUGGUCACCCACCUGACUACUAAUCCGCCGGUCGAAGGCUUAACGUGUGGAGAGCAAACGGGAUCCGGUGUCUUCCUUCGCCUGUGGUCGUAUGUGCCAGUUUCCAGCAAGUAAACUAGUUAUAUAGACAGACUGUUAGUGGGGAGGGAUAAACGGGCGCUUUAUGACUUAUCGAUUACGUUUGUGCUUAUUCAUGAUGAACCUUGAGGCUUGCAACGCCGGUUAGUAGUCUGUUUCCAAGAUUGUAAAGCAAUAAAUGUCAGCUUGCAUGUUGGGAAGGCAAUAAUAGGCCCUGCUUAUAUGCAAAUCCUAUUUAAUAAUGCAGCAAGAAAUAAAACAGCCGUUGGAAAUCCAGGUAGUACCACCCAAUGCAAGUCUAUAUCCCUAUUAUGCAGUUUUUGUACACUCAUCUAUAACAUCCACCUUAGCCACGCAUAUACACAGCC